GUACCUGUGGUCAACCCUUCUGUAAAUAGCUAAACCAGUGACCCCACCCUUGGCACAGUUCUAAGUCAACCUUCCCGGUAGUGUUGAUAAACGGAAAGUUGGAAGCGUACAGUUAAUUUUAUCACCCAGUAAUAAUGGCAACAACAACGCCAACAACAGAAGCAACAACAGCAGCAACAAACCCUAUCAACACUACCAUUGAAAGCACCUCUACUGGGACAACAACAUCAACAUCAACAUCACUAACUACCCAAACAGAGAUCUUUAAUAGAACCACCACUUCACCCAUCACUAGUACUACAACAGACCAGGAUCAGCCAAGUUCUGUACCAGCUAUAGUUGGUGGAGUCAUCGGGGGUGUUGUGGUGUUAGUACUUGUUGCAGUACUUGUUUGUUUCGUCCUCAGACGUCGGCAUCGAAAACAGAUGAAAAAGAAACAAAAAGCGGAAAAUUUACCAACACUUCCGUCAGUAGCGGAUCUACAAGACGAGGAAAUAAAAUCCUCUAAACAAGGUAAAAAAAAGGACUGGUCAAUGAAAAGCGAGCCAGAACAGUAUUAUGUUAAUGAACAAAUAGGAGAAAAGGCAGGGGGGAAAUGUAAGGAAUCUCUGUAUAUACAGCCGCAGCCCCAAAGACCUCUCUAUACUGGACUUGAAGGUGUAGAGUAUUACAUGGAUAACAACUCCAAAAAGUCGGACCAAAAAACUACAGAUACCAUGGUGUACAGUGACCCCAACAACACUGAAGACAAAGAACAGACUUCCUAUACAAACUCUGAGGUAGGAAGUAAAGAUACAAGUGAAACGAGGGACUAUGUAAAUGUUCCCCAAAAAAAAAUGAAACCACCUGACGCAAAUCACACAGCCUACAAAAACAAUUGUGUCACCAAUGAUAAUGAAGAAUUGGGUUUUUAUGAAAAUGCAGAAAUGUAA